UAAAUUUUUGCCACUUUGUGUGCAUUUCUCGAGAGUUUCAGUCGGCUUUAAAUACAAUAAUAUAUUGUGCAAUAAAUAGUGAACAAAGUAAACGUGUUUGCUUAUAAAAAUGGAUGAUUCAGAUGCAUCCCCUUUUGGUUUUCUAUCGCCCAAGGCAAAAACCUCCGAUCAGAGUACAGAAGCGUCACCUACGGAAAACCAAGCCUCCGAUCGGAAUGUAGAGGUACUUAUAAAACGCCAAUUCGACCCGAAUGCUUUGUACUAUGAUAUGUCGGGGAAAAAGUACCUGCUCAUCUUCAACCAGUAUAAGUUUCAAUCCACAGUGUAUUUUAGAAACAAACGACCUCCAUCUCGGUUGGGGACAUUUAAAGAUGUUGAUAAGCUGAACAAAGUGUUCAAAUCUGUACAGUUUGAAGUGUCUACACACACUGACCUACAAUAUAGUAACAUAAAGGAAACGGUAACUGCCUUCAUAGAUCGAGAUCACAGUAACACUUCGUGCAUAUGUAUAACAUUUUUGACACACGGUAAUAAUCAAGGCGACUUGUAUGCUGCUGAUAGACCUUUCUCCCUACAAAAUUUGACGAAACUAUUCGAGGAUAAGAGACUAGCGACUAUUCCUAAAUUAUUUUUUAUUCAGGCUUGUAGAGGAGAUGAUGUCGACGACGGAAAUUUUGUGGAAACUGAUGCUCUUUCAUUCAAAACCUACCACAUACCGUCACAUAUUGACUUUCUGACGCUGUACCCUACUGUUGAAGGGUUAGUGGCAUUUAGAGACAGUGAAGGCUCUUGGAUGAUUCAAGAACUUUGUAAAAUUAUUGAAACACAUUACAGAGACUACGAUAUACUUCAGCUAAUCACAUUGGCUAACAAGGCUGUGGCAUUUGAACGAACGUCGAGCAAUCAAAAAAAUUUAUCGAUACACGAGAAGAAGCAAACACUCGAAACUAAACAUACUUUGACGAAAUUUCUGAAAUUCGCAUGAUCUUUUUUAGAUGUUACAGAGUUGUUCUUAGAUUAAAUAUUAUUUAUAUCUAGUUAUUAUCAGAAUUAUUUCAUAUUUUCAAUAUUCUAUUAAUUGCCCUUUUGUAUAUUUUUGAAGAAAGUGCGUUUCUGAACUUCCUUAAUCUAUGGACUCUCUACAACAUUUUUAACAUAUCUCCAUAAUAUCUAAUAUCUUUAUUAUCAUCAUUACAAUGUAUUUGUGAUCCAAAAAUUAAUAUAGGUUUCUUACUUUUCGUAUUUUGUUACAAAGUACAAUCCUAUGCCUUUUAUAUCCAUCGAAUUCAUGCAAGACCUGAAAUCGUCUCUCUAUCUCAUGGGGGUUAAUUCCCCAUUGCGCACGAUUUUCUAUUUUGAGAACCUCUGUUCUCCAAUAAUGUUAUUAAUGCUUUUCAAAUCUAUCUAAUUGAUAUAUUUUAUUUUUUACACUUAUCAGCUAAAGUAACCUGUGUCUGUCUUAAAUUGAUUCUGAAUAUGGACUAUAUCUUUUUGAUUAUCCUUUACGAUGUGACAUCUAGCUCUCCUUUUAUUUAACCAAUAUUAAUUUAUAAAUUAUUUAUUAUAAUAUGGAGUAUUUAAUAUUUUGUUUCUUGAUCUCUUUUUCUUCUUUGUUCUCUCUUUCCUUCUAAGAGUUAAGGAGUAGUGAUAUAUAAGGUAACGCAAUAUCUUACAUCUCCUAUUCUCAUCUGUUUUCAUCAAUUUAUUAAAUCAUAGCAAAUAUGUCUCAGUUUUAUUAAUGUAAGUUAAUGAAUUGUAAAUAAUGCAAUAAAAAUAAAGUUUUUUGUGUA